CGUGCAUUCGGCCAUUUUCGCGCGCGCGCUCGCUUUCGUGUGCACGCAACUCCUCUACUUUGGCCUCCACGUUCUCGCCUCUGCGCCGGCACCGGACGAGAGAGAAACCGAGACGAGAGCGACGGAAGGGGGGGGGGGAAGCCCCCCAAACGUCUCGUAUGGUGGGGGGGCGACAUCAAGCUGCGGACAGAGGAGGGGGGCUACGGGGCCUGACGGCGAGGAGGAAACGAUGUCUUUCAGUGCAACCAUUGUGUUCACUCCGCCCGGUGGAGGUGGCACAUCCAUGUUCAACGCCACGCAGUCCGUGACGCCGUCCUCCUCUGCCGCCGGGGCUCUUGGCGGCGACCGCACGCCGCUGACGGGCCCGUCUGUGGCAGACGUGUCGGCGGGCGCGCAACAGCAGCAGCAGCAACAGCACUCGGCCCCUGUGCCCGUGAGAGGCCAGGGUGUCCUGCCGUCGAACCCCGAGCACCUGCUUCACCUCAUCUACCAGCGAGUGGACCGCGCCGUGUCGCUGGCCGAGGCAGCCGCACUCGCGCAGCGGGCCAAUGCGCGAGCCCUGCAGGCGGUGCAGGCGGAGCUGCGCGCACUCAAGCAGCAGGCGUACGGCGGUGCGGCGACGCACGAUGCGUACUCCAAUGGGGCCGACUACCGGGACGCAAACUCGGGCGGCGUCUACUCGAGCUCGCCGGAGACCUCCACCGCGGCCAAGGAUUCGCACGCGGCCGAUGCCUCUCAGCAGCCCCACCUCAUGAAGGACUUCCACUCGGUGGACUCGAUGGCCGACUUCCACCAGGCGGCGCAGGGCUACGGUGGGCCGGGGGCCGACGCUUCCGCCGCCACCCACUGCUACGCCGACUACGGCGAGAGCUGGGAUGGCGAGGCGGCGGGGCUGGGCGCAUCGCACGCCAUGACGCCGCCGGCGCCGCACGGCCACCAUCACCACCACGGGCACCACCACGGGCACCACCACGGUGCCGCCGCGGCGGCGGUGCCCGGCUCCUCCGUGCCCACGUCUGCACCCACCGCCGCCUCGACUCCGGCGCCGCUGCCGCAGGUGGCGGCGGCGGUGGUGGCGGCGGCGGUGGCGGCGGCGGCGGCGUCUUCGUCGUCGUCGACGUCGCGCCGCGUGCGGGCACGCGGAAACAUGGGCUCGUCAUCGUCCUCGUUCGGAUCGCACAGGCGCAGUGGGGGCGGGGGCAGCGGGGGCAGUGGAGGCAGCGGUAGCAGCUUGCACAGCAACAACACAAGGCGGAGGAAGAGGGACCUCGUCGUGUCGAAACUGGUUCAUCGGAUCCACAACCAGCAAGGCAACGACCGGAGGUUUAACGGGGCCGAAGGACUCAAGUCUGGCUGGAACAUCACUGUGAUGCGGUACUUGCUGGAGAGACUACGGGAAGAGCUGGCAGACCAACACUACACGGAGAAGGAGUUGAAAGGUGCAUGCGUGUCGUACUUCUUGACCAAGAGGCGCGAGUACCGCAACUCCCAAAACCCGGACCGGAGCCUGCGGGAAAGGGAGGAGAAGAAGCUGAGAAGCCGGCGAUAUCGGCUCUUCGGAAACCGCACGUCAACGGUGAAGCUGUUCCCACCGGAGGACCAGCAGCUGUGGGCCGGCGUGACGGAGGAGCUCAUGUCGGACGAGGAGGACAGCGCCGUGGAGCCCGGCGUGUGGGUGGCGCGGCCCCCUCGCUUCCGCACGCCGGCGCUCACCGACCUUUGCCGGCGGCUGGACGCGGCGUCGCGUCACGGCGCCAAGCCCAACCGCGUGCUGGGCCCGCCGUCGGAGCGUGCCGCGUCGCACGAGGCCUACCGCCUGGCGCCGCACCUGGUGUGCCUGGACGACACGCUGCCGCCGGGCCCCGUCAUCGACCAGCACGGCGUCAUCUCGUUCCCGCUCAGCGACGACCCUUCGGAGCUGUGCGACGACGACCCGGACGGCGCCCACGGCUACGGCGACGAGGAGCAGCACGGGGACCCCCAUGACGACGGCAUGGAAGUCAAGGAGGAGAGGGACCUGUCGUGAGCAUGCUGACCGACCGUGCGCGCUGUGAGCCGCGGGAGUGGAGAGCGAACGGAGAGGAAAAGGCGCCCCCCCGCUAGUCCAUUGGAGCGAGUGGCAAAACUGUUCGGGGUCGGAGCUUUCGAGCCAACCAGGCACUCGUGUUCCAGAGCUAUUCCUAACCCUAACUAAUCAACCAAACACUAGCCACAAUGCUCACUCUCCUUCGAACUCAAACACAAUAGGGAUAUAACGAUUUAUUGAUUCGUCGAUUAAAAUAUUUUAUUUUCAAGAGAGUUUACCGAAUCGUGAGCAUAACAAUUCACUGUUUGCGAUUAACAUAUCUCGUGUGUGAUUGGUUCAUGGAAACCCUGCCGUGUACCACGCUGGCAAAAAAAACGAUUGGCAAUUAAAAUAUAUUGCCCUAAUUGUCCAACAUUCAUCAUCGGUGAGGGGGCGAAUCAUUACAUCCCUACAAAAUAGUCAACUAGCGCUAGCCCAACCCUCGACUCGUAACACUAACUCUCUCGCCGGCAGUGGUCGUCACUAGGCCUCCAUUCGCAUUUCUGCUUGCGUUUCACCGUCGGUGAUCACAGCACCCGAUUGGCUGCCUUGCUGGACUGUGCUGCUCCGUUUAAAACGUCGGGUUUUCUUGCCGCCCCAACUCACCGACCACGCGGCCCUGUGGGAAGAGCACUGAACUCGCAGUCGGCAAAUCACGACUUCAUAUCUUGCUUGGUCGGGGCUCUCGAUUCAGCCCACCCGCAUCACUAUCGUCCCUCCAGGGAUGAUAACAAAAAAAAUGGUACUACUUUGUGGGAAGCCAGCUGUGAGGUUUCUAAGGAUAAACUUGUCAUUGCCAUGGGAAUGUGAAAUUCACACCUCUGGCUCCCAAAGGAGAUCAUCACCAUCAUCAUCCAACACUCGUUUGAGCGGGGAGACACUAACUUGAUUUCCACAAUCCCUUUUACCACACAACUGUGCUUUUAUUAUGUUUUUUUCAGCUGUCUUUGUUAUUUAGACAUGCUAUUUUAGUCAUAUUGGUCUUGGUGGCACCGUGGCGAGCAUUCCAAUUCACAGGGUCCCAAUUGUGAUAUUUGGACAAUUCUUGAUUAAGUAUUUCAGCAAGUGAUAGGGAAUUAGGGUGUCAGGUGAAAUAAAAUUAUUUUUGAGUUACACGUGGCACCUUUUUGGCACGAACCUGCCACCCAAAGUGCCACGCAGGUGGAGAGACUCAAAAAGUUGUACCUCUAUGUCAGCCACCUACUUGCUGUACUGCCAUGUAUCGGUCACCUCUCAGCCCAGCAGACUGGGUGUCUCAUGUACAGAAACCUUGUGUCAUCUAUCAGAUCCACCUCCACUGUGCUGGAUGAAAGGCCUCUGCCACCAUGCCAGACUUCAUUAUUUCUACGCUCAAUAUUAUUGCCUAAACACUUGUGCUGGCAAUGUUUUUUUGUCUUGCGUUGUUUCACUCUUGCUAUUAUUUUUGCCUUGCUGUGUUCAUUAUUAGUUUUAUUUAUAAUUGCUAUUCAUUUCAAAGUGAUUAUUCCAUCAGCUAGUGACUUUAUUUAUACUUGCACUGCUGUGAUGUUAAUGUACUUUUAUUACUCGUUUUUAUGUUUAUUUUACAAUUUAUGUUAUUUAUAUUAACAUUUUUUUUUAUUGCAGCUCCCACAGGUGUGCUUUUCAAAUUGUGUUAAUAUUUUCAUACUUGGAACAGUUAUUUUUUAGGUUUUAAAAAGUCAAGGAAAUGUUUUUUUUAUGCUCGUAAUUUUUACAUCAACGGCUCUGCUAAUAUUUUUUAUUAACUUUAUUGUGAUGGUAUUACUAUUAUUAAUGUUAUUAUUGCUAAUAGUAGUGCCAGUGAUCGAGCAACAGGUUAAUGCUGUAAUGCACUCAUCAACUUUGUUUCAAGAGGCAGCUCAGCAUGGACUGGGAACCUCAUCCGAGCUGUAAAUCUUCUUUAAGAUUUCAUGACUUCAAUGACAAACUUUAAACGCGGGAAAAACACGCAAAAGUGCGAAACAAGUCAAGCACGUUCUGCUCUCCCUCCAACUUUCUGAACGAGCCCUGAGCGUCAGAGGGUAACACCGUCACUCCGGUGACUCCAGUGACGGACUUACGCUGGAAACUGCUGGGGCAAAGGGCGACCGGCCAGGCAAAGACAGCGCAAGGGAAACAAAGAGACGUCAACGAAGCAGACUCGGGGGGGCGGAAUGAAUUAUGUUCGUUUCUGCCCGGGGAUGGACUUUGAAUUUGGGGACGCUGACAGUGCCGCGCACGGGUGCCCGUCGACGAAAAGCGUGGGACAGAUUCUCCUGCACUACGCACGCACUGCAUUGUGCGUGGCUCCUUCGCCCACCGAGAUGAUGCUACUCCUCCUUUACGUCGACGCUGUGGAAUUUAAAAUGUAAUGAGACGCUGGCAACAAAAAAAGGAGCGACCCUUUACGACACCGCGUUGAAUCUGUGACGAGUUGAUUGAUGACCACGCAAAGCUACAAUUCCAACGGUUCGAUGUACUUUAAACAAGUGCGCAUUGUUCUUUUUGUUUUAAGGCCAGGCACUAGGAUAUAUGAUUUCACCGACUAAAAUGACGUAUGCGCCGUAACAACGUGCAGGGACCCACCAAAGUUUUACGAAUCUUCCACGUGGGAACAUCGUCAUUAAAUCAAGUAAAGUUUGACUAUGUCAAAUAUUAAUAUUACUGCACCCAUGUGCCCAUAUAUAGGAGUGGUUGUUUUAUUUAUUUGGCCUUGUUUUCUUUCUACUGUAAUUGUGUGGGUAGUCUUUACAUGUAACGAAAUAAAUUUGCUUAGAUAACACUGGAACAAUGACGUGUAGAAGUGCCAUGUAAAAAAAAAACAUGCUGUAAUAAAUUUAGGCAACAAAAAAAACUAAUCACAAACUUUAUAAAAUAUAACAUCUCUUGUUGGACCACACAUUUGAACAAAUGACAAUGGUGCUAAUCACAAUACUGUAAGGGGUGGCUAUAAUGGUGUGUGCUGAAUGAUGUGCGUUUGUGGCCAUGUGGAUACAAUAUAUGGAUAUAUCUGUACCUGUGUUGACUUGGACUAAAGUGAGGCACUUUGUGAACACUAGUGCUGGGUGGAUCAGGUGGGAUUCCACCCCAUGUGUGUGUAAUGUCCACUGAAAUCGGUGCUUGCCAACAGCAUUAAUCCCCAGUUACCUGGCCAGAUUAUGCUGGAGAUCUUUUGUAUCAUGUCUGCGUGUACACACAUUGAACCACGCACGCUUUGGGUUUCAACCCUUCAGUAAGAGGGUUAUUUCAAUAACAAAUGGUACUUUCAAGAUGUGCAUAUGAAUGACAUCCAAGUAUAAAGAAGUGAAAUGUCUUCAUUUGCAGCAAGAAUCUCGUCUUCACUCCUGCACAGUAAUAACAAUUGUAACAAAACACCGCUUUCUAGGCUGCUAAACGCAAGCUUGGAAGCCUAAAAGACAACUUUUGGCAGGGAGGCACAGUUCUUGCUGCAAAUGCAGACAGUUUGUCAUCACAUUCAGAAGGCACCGUUAAGGUUUAGCGGGUACCUGGAAACCGAGCGACAAGUAAACAUAAUGUUUUAUAUUCAGGGGUGGGCAGACGUUUCCAAGAGAGCCGCAUUGGGAAUCUCCUAGCUCCCCGCAGGCUGUCAUGCUCGUGAACGUGAUGUCUCUCUUAGUCGCCUGUGUUCGCAGCUAACAGUCCCGCGGAGUUGUUCCCUCCCUGGGUGUUCUCGUACCCAGGGCCGGAUUAAGUUUGAAGGCGACCUGGGGCUGUUAAAGAGUUUUUGGGGGCCACUCUUUGUCUCUAUUCAGUUCCUUGCCUUGACUGAUUUACUAACACCCUUUGCCCGAUGCCUUUUGUUAUUCACUUGAUUGUUUCAGUUCGAGUUUCAAAAUGUAAUAUGGGAACUGUCAAGCUUAAUCAAAUUUAAAACGAACCCAUUUUAAUUCGGGGCAUGACUAUGUAUGUCUAACACCGUACGUAGCCAACCGUGCUAAUAAUGGGUAGGAACACAGUGACGCUAUACGGCUUUACCAAAUUGCCCUUGGGGAUUCAUCACUGCCUGCAGUAUUGCCAUUCGACCAUUAUAAAGCUGUGGUGAUAUGGGCUGUAGCCCAGAGGUCGCAACCGGGUACCCGAUACCCGUACCCUACCCGAUACCCGUACCCGGCCAGGUACGGGUACACGUUUGCGACCCUGGUGCGUCCGGGUACGGGUAGGCCGUGAGUCACUGGUGAGUAACCGUUUGUCACUCAUUUCGGGUAGGGUACGGGUAGGGAACGGGUACCCGUACCCAGCCGGGUACCCGUUACCCAGCCGGGUACCCGUUACCCAGCCGGGUGCGGCCGGGUAUGGGUAAGGAAUCAAAACUCGUUUGCGACCUCUGCUGCAGCCCCCGGAAGCCCCUGCGUUAAUCCGGCCCUGGUGCUCGUGGGUCCUUCCCGCAGUCGGCAAACAGCGCCCAAGCUGGACGCGGCUCGCACCUGGUAUAGACAAUGACUGUGCACAGUCGGGGGCUGUACGCCACAAAUAUUUACAAGUAAACAGUGCAGUGACAAUGGCUGCCUCUUGCUGGUGCUCUCUUUAUUUCAAGCACGCGUGCGCUUCUUUUUGCAAGGAUACAUCGGUGCAGUAUGCAGACUUCGCAUCUCACUUGGGAGUUGGGGCUUUCGAUUUUCCAACCCGGGGCAUAACAUGGUUGCGUGCGAUGUAAUAUCGUUCAUAGGUAGGAUUUCACUUAACAGUACCUA